ACGUGAUGUAUCCUUAUCACUUCCGACAUCGUGUUUAGUUUCUUUUCCUUCAACAACCUCAACUUCGAGCGUCUCCCAAAUCGAACUUUGGCAUCUGGGCAAUGGCUUUGACUCCCUAAGACUAUGGCACUGCUGCCAAUCCCUGGCACUCACCGCUUUUGGGUUUCCCAGCAGAGUCCCGAUCAGCGACAUCGAUAUCGAUUCGAGCAGCCCCUCCAUUCAAACCAAGGAAGAGCCAUCAAGAUGUCCCGAAUCCUCAAAUACCUCAGCACCUCUCCAAUUGCCAACACCGGCAGUGUAGCUCGCGACCACCUCGCCAAUGAACGUACCUUCCUCUCAUGGACACGAACCGGACUCGGCUUCGUGGCUCUAGGCGUAGCGCUGGCCAAGCUCGAAGCUUUAGAAGCUCUGUCACCCACACUGAAGCACAACCAUGGAGAUCUGAAGCUUCCGUCUGCGGCUCUUGUUGGUUCUGGGACGGGGUGCUUGUCUUAUGGGACGAUUAGGUACUUUCGGUCACUGAAGUUGUUGCAGAAAGGGCUUUUUAGACCGAAUGUUGCAGGGAUUGGGUUGGUUGCUCUUACUAGCGGCGCUGUAGCUGGGGGAGGGAUCUAUUUGGUUAUUUCUCAGGAGACGAAGAGAUAAUGGGUAAGUAGGGUCCGAGAGGACGGCUCUGCUUGGAGUGAAUUCUGCAUAAAAUUACUCUCAGGAACGGAAACUGGUUUUGAGGCUAUGAUCGGGUGAAAGAAGUUUGAGAACAGAGCUCAAGCAUCUGUAAAUAUCAGUGUACGAUAUCAAUCGAGGACAAUCGAGGAGGGAUAUUCCAGUUCAGCUCGCGCCUCGAAGAGCUUGUGUAACUGGUAUACCGUAAACCAGCUCACGCUGGUCACGUCGUUACACAGGAGCUGGCAAAUCAGACGAGCGUCUGAACAACCACAAGUAGUUCCAAAAGAACUGGUACUUUGAAG